AAGAUCAUGGCUGGCCGAAGCAUAGCGGAGAGUUUCAGAGGCAGGACCCUACUCAUCACCGGCUCCACUGGCUUCCUCGCAAAAAUGCUGGUGGAGAAGAUACUGCGGGUUCAGCCGAAUGUGAGGAAGCUCUACCUUCUGGUGCGUGCCCCGGACGCUGCAGCCGCCGAGCAGCGUGUUCUCAAUGAGGUUGUAGAGAAAAGUCUGUUUGAUGUUCUGCGAGAGGAACACGGGGCAGCUGGCUUCCACUCCUUCAUCAAGAACAAAAUAUGCCCUUUAGCUGGAGACGUCGUACAUGAAAACUUUGGUCUUGGGAGCUCUGAGAUCCAGCAGUUAAAGCAGGAGGUCGAAAUCAUCGUCAACGCAGCUGCAACAACCAAUUUCAUGGAGAGGUAUGACGUUGCGUUGGAAACAAACACCCUAGGAGUCGUCCAUUUAUGCCAGUUUGCAAACCGGUGUGAUAACCUCAAGAUGCUCCUCCAUGUUUCCACCGCUUAUGUAGCUGGUGAGCAAGCGGGCCUGUUGCUUGAGAAACCGUUCCAGAUGGGUGAAGCACUACGAAAAGGCUACCACUUGGACAUAGAAGCUGAGCUGCAGCUAGUAGACUGGACCAAGUCAGAACUCAGAAUGAAAUCCUCCAGUGACAAAAUCUCAGAAAAGACAACCAUGAAGAAACUUGGGAUUAAAAGGGCCAAUCACUUUGGCUGGCCAAAUACAUAUGUGCUGACUAAGGCCAUGGGGGAGAUGUUGCUGGGACAAUUGGGACGAGACCUUCCGGUUGUAAUCGCUAGGCCAAGCAUGAUAACAAGCACUAUUCAGGAGCCAAUGCCAGGAUGGAUAGAAGGAACUAGGACUGUAGAUGCCAUGUUUGUUGCCUACAAUGACCAAACCGUUCCAUGUUUUAUCGCUGAUGAUAAUGUUUUAUUUGACCUGAUACCUGGAGAUAUGGUGAUUAACGCAAUGAUGGCAGCCAUUGCCAGUCACUGGAAUGAACGAUCUCAAGUGAUAUACCAUAUGUCUUCGGCUCACCAAAAUCCCCUGUCCAGCUCCUUCAUCGAAGAAUCUGCGUACAUCUACUUUGACAAAAAUCCCCGUACUGGCAAAGAUGGGAAGAUCGUAGAAAACAAAAAAAUUCUAAUGUUCAAGAGAUUCUCGUACUUCCAUGCCUACAUGGUUCUACGGUACAAGCUGCCACUGGAGAUUAUGCAUGUAGUGAGUAUGUUGCUGGGAGGACUGUACUCCAAGAAUUACAGCAAGCUUAAUCGAGGUUACAACUUUUUAAUGACUGUGGCAAAGUUUUAUGCUCCGUAUGUCUUCUUCAGAGGAUGCUUUGACGACACCAACCUGAGGAAGCUGUGGAAGUGGACGGCCAUGGACCAAAACGACGCAUCCGCAUUUAAUUUCGACCCUAAUUGCAUCAACUGGAGCUCAUACCUCAUCAACACACACAUUCCCGCGGCUCUAAAGUAUGACGCCGAAAACCGCAAGGCGAAAUCAGUGCAGUGAAGUGAAUAAAACGGAUUCAGAUGAGCCGAAAUGCAAGAUCAAGAUGUACAAUUUGCAUGCUGGAUAUUUUCAUGACUGUGCAAUGAAAGUGUAAUACUAAGAUUUGUGAUAGCCACGUUGAUAAUUAUGAAUCAUUCUGGUUGGGACUUUAAUUACAACAAAUUAAU